GUAGAUUGCUGUCAUUCGACACACGCUCAACGAGUAUAAAAUGGUACCUUUCAACCAUAAAAAAGUACCUUUGUGUUUUGUUUUGAAUACCAUUUCGCCAACCUCAUUUAUCAUUCCUGCUUCAUAGUGGCGGCAUCGGUUUUUUUUUUUUUUAUCGCAAACGUCGACAUACAGCAACAAGAUAAAAAUGAGUUUAGAAGUAAAAAUAAAUGAAAAGAAAAUAAAAAAUAGCAACAGUGCUGAAAGUGCUAAUUGGCUGGCGAUAUUCAAAGGAAAAAAAUUCGAAGAACAAUUGAAAUUGGCAAAGCAGGGUAAUGCCCACAUGCAAUUAUUUUUCGAAGGUGUCAUUUGGCCCCUUGACUAUUCUCUGCUGCUUAACAUUGAUGAAAGUGAGGGAUAUUUUAUAGUGAGAAAUGAGAGUGACACCAGGCGUUUGCUGCUAAAAGCGGAAGCAUUUCAAGAAUUUCUUUCGUAUUAUGCGGCUAAAGUACGUAGCUUGAUUUUGGGCCCUGCCCUGGAUGUACAACUGUUUCCCAAUCUAAUAUCGCUAAAAUGUUCAAUACGCCACAUAAGCAUUGGGGAUUUCCUUAUGCGAUCGUCUUUGGCGGAACAUCUAACAGUUUUGGAAUGUCUACACCUCAAGGAAUUGGAUAUGGAAUGUGGAGCAACGACAUUGGAUGAUCAAGUAUUGGCUAAACUCUUAGAAAUUGGGAAUUUAAAGUGCCUGCGUUUGGAUUUCUUUUUUGCAACAAAAAUUUCAUUUAAACAAUUUUGUGAACUUGUGUUCAGUAAACGGUUGAAAAGUUUAGAAGGAAAUUUCGAAAUAAGCGAAUGCGACCAGGAGCCGAAUAUGCCAUACAUCAAACUCACUAAAUCCAUAAGACUUAAGAGUUUGCAAAUCACCACUACAUGUGAUCCAGCCAAAUGGUCUGUGAAUAACUUUUCAUUGCAUAGAGAAAUUUUUGAGAACCUCCUCAAGCUAACAAUAAAAUUCACCGAAGAGCCUCAAGAUGAUUUGCUGGCUGACUUCUUUGCCCCUUGCAAGUGUCUGGAAACAUUAACACUAACUGGUACAAAUUUCUGCAAUAUCAAAAUCUUUGCCCUACCUCCCACUCUAAGAGAAUUACAUUUUAAAUGGUGCCGUGGUUUAAACUGCUUACAUUUAAAGCAAAUUCUAAGCCAAACUAGUAGACUCAAGGAAUUCUUUUCUUCCAACACCAAAAUUGAAGGCAAGUUUGAGAACUUCAAAAUUUCUCCCUCCAUAGAAGCUCUGAAAAUAGAAAGAGUUGAUAUGUGUGAGUUUUCUGGGGUCUAUGAUUGCAAUGAGAGUCUCAAGCAUCUGACUUGGUAUCACACCAAAAAUUGCCAAGUCAAACCGGCCGCAUCCGAGCAACUGGGCCAGGCAUCAGGCAUUGAUGAAGAAUCUUUCGAUAUAACACCCACAAAUCAAAUGAUUUUGUCUGCCAAGCUUUGUCUGGGCUCCUGCACAAAUCUUGAAACCUUGGAUAUGGGUCAUAAGCUGCAAAUGCCACUGAAUAUUUUGGUGCAAAUGAAAAAUCUGCGCAAACUAAACACCUGGAUUGUAGAUCACACAUCGGGUCAAUGGUUAUACAUAACAGCUUUGCUCCAACAUCCCUCAUUGCGUGAAUUGAAUAUAACCUUUGUACGCACCGUUACUGAGCUUUCUUUGAAAAGAUUUCGUACCAAUGUAACCGCUUUGCACGUUCAAGAUUUUAAUUUUUGUGAUUCAGGCUUGGAGUAUUUUCUUGAAUUAUUCUCAAACAAUCCGCAAUUACAGCUGUCGUUUCUUUUACCUCCACUGGCCUUUGUGAAGCCCUUAAGAAGCCUUCUGAACCAUAGGAAAUUUCCGCACUUUUUGAAAACAUUGGAAAUAUAUGGAUUUACCAUUGAUUGCUCAGAAUUAAGGACAAACUUUUAUGCAACAAUGAAAAAAUUCAAAUUUGUUCGUAAUGUAUUUGAAGAAAAUCUCAAGGAUAGUAUAAUUCUCAGCACUUCUUUACAAGAAGAUCUGAAGAAGCUAAAUGCUUAAGCUAACCCGAAGGGUUGUGUAACUUUCAGAUAACGAAACAGUUUCGAUGAUAAUGUACUGCGAUAUUUUCCAAGCAAAUUUUUUAAGCUUGGACAAGGAAUAUAUGUGGCCAUAUACUCUAAUCAAAAUCAAGAUGUUUGCAAAUGCAACGUAGCUGUGAUACAAAUUAUGGGAGCUAUCACUAUAAAGUUUAAGUGUUAUGAUAUUGUAUAGAUAAAUCAUCUUAAAAAUAUUCUAGAAUAUUGUUGACAAUCAAAAAAAUAAUAAAUAAAAACGCUGAUAAU